GGCGGGCAGGUGGCAUCUGGGCGCAGGUCGCGGCAGUCAGUGAGGCACAAUGGCAGCGGCCGAAACUUCGCGCAUCUCGCAGGUCGGCCUGGCGGCGCGCAGCCCCGAGGGGCACGCCGCCAAGGGUGGCAUGGCCAUCAAGGGCAACGAGGACAUGUGGGUCCACAUCCAGGCCAACACAUUCCGCAACUGGGUAAACGAGCACCUGAAGACGGUGGGCUUGGCCGUGAUGGACCUGGCCUCGGACUUCAGCGACGGCACAAAACUAGUGGCGCUGGUCGAGGUGCUGCAGAAGCGGCCUCUCAGGCACAUCCGCCGGCCGGCCAACCCACACCAGUUCCUCGAGAACGUCACCACCGCCCUCAACGCCGUCGCUGAGGACGGCGUCAAACUCGUCAAUAUUGGAAACGUGGACAUCGUGAACGGCAACCUGAAGCUGAUCCUCGGCCUGAUUUGGUCGCUGAUCGUGCGCUACCAGAUCGGCCGCUCCAAGUUCCCGCCCCGGAAACUGAUGCUCGCGUGGCUCAAGGCCGUGCUGCCCGAGUGUCAAGUGCACAAUUUCACGACCGACUGGAAUUCAGGCGUGUACCUGAGCGCCCUCCUCGACUACUGCAAACCAGGUCUCUUCCCCCACUGGCGCUCCCUUGACUCCCAUGAUGCGGUCAACAAUUGCCGUCGUGCCAUGGAACUUGCUCAGCGCGAGUUUCAAAUUCCGAAGGUGCUGGAACCUGAGUACCUGGCGUCGCCGCACCUGGACGAACUGUCCGGGAUGACGUACCUGAGCUACUUCAUGAAGGAGGACAGUCCAGGCUUCCACGCGACCCUGCGCUGGGUCAACUCGCAGCUGCCCAACACCAGGGUGUCCAACUUCACGCGCGACUGGAACUCUGGCCUGGUGCUGUGCGAACUGGUGCAUUCGUUGGGCGGCCCGGUGGCCAACCUGAGAAAGCUGUCGCCUGACGACGGCGAAAACAACCUGGGGCUGGGGAUCCGAGGUGGACAGCGACUUGGAGUCGAACCCAUCCUCAGGGCGAAGGACAUGGCCGACCAGAACGUCGAGCACCUCGGCGUCAUGGCCUACGCUGCCCACUUCCAGUGGGUGCGCGCCCGAAACCAGCCCAGCGAACGGCUCGCCGCACACUGGACUCAGCACACCUGCCGAGUGCACAAGGCGGCGCAAUUCAAGGUAGAGUGCCUUGAGGAGAACGUGGAAGCGUCCGAGGUACGAGCCGAGGUGGUUGGACCUUCUGGACGCGUUGAGAGCCGCUUCAACAUGACGUCAGGUGGCGGUCAGGGUUCCUGCACGCCCACCGAGGUUGGAAUGUACCAACUGCUGGUGUACUGCGAGGGGGAGCUCAUCCAGGGCUGCCCUACGAGCCUCAGGGUCAUGCCGGAGGUCACCAGCAUCUCCUAUCCGGGCAUGGAGCCCUGCGCCAUCGGCUCGAUUGUCGAGGUCCUCGUCAACAGCUACGGUGCCAGGAACGGUCAGGUGGAGGUGAUGGCCCACUCCCCGACAGGACGAAACUUGGAGUGUCCGGUGCAGGAGCGGGACGGCGUGUACACGGCCAAUUUCCAGCCGGACGAGGCGGGCGAGUGGCAGAUCCACGUUCUGCACGGCGGACAGAACGUUCAGGGUGGGCCGUACACGUGCUUCGUCUUCGAUCCGAACGGGGUGCGCCUCGAGGGGUUGGAGGGUGCGACGCCUGGCCGGCAGCACUCGUUCAUCUGCGAUACGUCCGCCACCGGAGGCCUCGGGGACGUGGUGCUCGAUAUCGCCCUGUCAGGACGCUCCGUGCAGCACCAGGUCGACGAGAUCGGCCCCCACAGGUACAAGGUCACCUUCCUGCCGGCCCAGCCAGGAAAAUACAAGGUUUACGUCUACUUCAACGGCCAGGAGGUCAGGGGGUCGGCCUUCAGCAUGCGCAUUGGCAGCUACAGGAGCACCAAACAGCACAGCAAGCAAGCAACGCACCACAGCUCAUCUUUUUCUGAGCAAAACAGAUCCUCGUCUUUCGCACGCGCAGGUCGCGACUCGCCCGACCGCAUUAAUCGGGAUCAGCUAACCAAGGAAAUGAGUAGAGUAACCAUGAAUAGUAGACUGACACAAGAGGAGCGACACACGCCGCCAGCGGUGAAUCCGUCCGACAUUUACGCGGUCAGCACAAAGAAACUGACUGCCCCGGCUAAGGUGACUUCCACCCUGACGACGCACCUGCGUGCUGUUUCACCUGUCAGGUCGCCGUCUCCCGCCAGGUUCAACCCUUCGCCAAUCACUUACAGUGCCACUGUCAAACAUUCAGACUCGUUCUCCAAUGACUACACGUCAGUGACCGAGAGCAGGUUCCAGCAGCACAGCAGCUUCACGAGUGGAAGCCGGCUGCUUAAUUCUGGAGGCUCGCCGCCCCAGCUGCUCAACGGCAGCGCCCACCUACUCAGGGCCACACCUUCGCCCAAACCUCUGCCCGGACAGGUGGACACCUCGUCGAACGUCAGAGUGUCGUCGAUGCUGAACAAUUUGAACCAGCGACGUGACUCGUGGGACGCGAUUGCCAAGACCAAGUCGCUUCUGUCCUACGGAAGCCUCGAGUCCGUGGCCAACGUCCACAACGUCCACAACACUGAAAACCACGUCCAUUCCACGUACACUUCCCGGCCGUCAGGGUACACCCUGAGAAGUGCAAGUCCGGCAGUGGAGUCUACGGAGCCGCGUCUGGUGGCCGUGCACCGUCAGGCGAGCGUUUUAGUGCCAUCCCAGGGUCUGGACGCGGGCGACCUGAGUGCGUACGUCAGCGGCCCAUACCUGAGCAGCGUGCCCUGCAGCGUGACGCCGCGUCCGCCGCACCACCUGGCCGUCAACUUCGUGCCCAAGGACAUCGGCGAGCACGUCGUCGAACUGCGAAAUGGAGAUCAUCGAGUCGCCGGAUCACCAAUUAAGGUGCAUGCGUACAACUCGCAGGCAAUUCAGGUGGGAAGGAUUCCGGACGGCAGCGUGGGCCGAUCAGUCGAAUUUGAGAUUGAUGGCUCGAGGGCGGGUUCGGGCAACCUGGAAAUUUUGGUGAACGGAGGCCACGUGACGAGCUUUGUGCGUGACCUGGGCAACCAGCGCUUCCUCGCCUCCUUUGUGCCGCACGAGCCCGGCUCGCAUCUCCUCGAGAUGACCUUCAACGGCGAACAGGUGCCAGGCAGUCCGUGGCAAGUGGCCGUUGGAGGGAGCCCGGCGGCCAGCGGAAUGGCCACCACCACGACCAAGAUGACGGUGGUAGGCGAGGCCGUGCGGCUCGUGGCCGUCGGCACGCCGGCCGCCUUUGAGAUCAGCGCGCCCGGCCUCGAGCGAGAGCAGGUCCAGGUCCAGAUUAUGAGUCCGUCGAAGCGAGCCGUGGCGUCGAGGGUGACGCAGCAGGGUGGACAGCUGCGCGUGCAGUUCACGCCGAAGGAGGUGGGCAGCCACCUGGUGGAGGUGGGCAUGGCCGGCCGCAGCCUUCCCGGAGGGCCUCUGGUGGCCAAGGUGUACAACGCCGGCCUCAUCAGGGUGACGGACGUGACGAGCGGCGUCGUCGGACAGCCGUGCCAGUUCAAAGUGGACGCGAGCCAGGCCGGCGAGGGCCAGCUGGAGAUCUCGGUGAACGAGGGCGAGGUGCCGAACCACGUGGCCGUCGUGGGCGGCGGCCGCUGCCUGGUGACCUUCACGCCGGAGACGGCCAAGCCGCACGCGGUCGACAUCAAGUUCAACGGCGAGCCGGUGCCCGGAAGCCCCUUCUCGUGCCACGUCGGCGACCCGCACGGCGGCGGACGCGUCACCCUCGGCCUCCGCGGCCUCGAGCUCGUGGCCGUCGACGAACCGGCCAAGUUCCACAUGGCCGUCGACGGCAGCGGCGGCGCCGAACUCGCCGUCGCCGUCCGCAGCCCCUCGGGACACGACCUUCCCGUCAAGGUCACUGGAAACGUCCACGCCGGCUUCACCGCCGAGUUCACGCCCAGAGAGGUCGGAGGGCACGCUGUGAGCGUUGAAUACAACGGCCACGCUGUUUCUGGCACGCCAUUCGUUGCAAAGGCUUUCGACGCCAAGCGUGUCUUUGUCGGCGCCCUGCCCAGUGGCUCCGUCGGAAAGAGUCUCCACUUCACAGUUGACGCAAGCCAGGCGGGCGAGGGAAACCUGGAGAUCACGAUCAGCGCGCGGGGCCACAACAUUCCGACGCAGGUGCACCCUCAGGGCAACGCCCGCUUCACGGUCAGCUUCAUCCCGGUGGAGGCGUUCGAGCACCUGGUCAGCAUCGCGUUUAACAAGACGCCGGUGCCCGGGUCGCCGUUCAUGGCGCGCGUGGCCGCCGACCCGCACCACGUGGUCGUCAGCGGCCAGCAUUUGGCCUCUGCGGCCGUGGGAAAGCCGGCCUACUUCACCAUGUCCAACGUGAACGCGGCGCUGGACGACGUCGAGGUCAACGUCGAGGGACCGAAUGGACAGAGUGUGGCCGCGCAGGUCAAAGACAACGGCGACAACUCUUUCAAGGUCGAGUUCAGUCCUCGCUCGGCCGGCGAGCACCGCAUCGCCGUCUCCGUCCUCAGGGAGCCCGUCCCAGGGUCGCCCUUCGCCUGCAAGGCCUACGACGUCAGGGCCAUCAGGGUCAACGCCGCCGCCACCGGCUGCGUCGCCAAGCCGGUCACCUUCCUCGUGGAGACGAGUCAGGCCGGACCGGGAAACCUGGAGGUGACAGUCAACGGCGGCAGGGUGCCCACCUCCGCGCAGGCUCAGGGUAUCCACACGUACGCCAUCUCUUUCACGCCCAGAGAGGCCUCGCCGCACACCGUCGAGCUCAGGUUCAACGGAGAAGACGUGCCAGGAAGUCCGUUCGCGGUGGAGAUAUCGGAGGCCGCGCGAAUCGUGCCUGGCGCCGAGGAGAAGGUGCCCGUGGGCCGCAGGGCGCACUUCUGGCUGCAGGCGGCGCAGGCAAAGCCCGUGGUCACCGUGCUCAGCCCUGGCCGCAAGUCCCUGGCCGUCGAGGUGGCAGAGCCGGCCGCCGGCGGCCCCAACGCAGGCCAAAUCAACGUCUCGUUCACACCAGAGGAAGUCGGUGACCACAGUGUCGAGGUGAAGGUGGCGGACGCGCACGUCGAAGGGUCACCCUUCCUGCUCAAGGCCUACGACUCCAACAAGGUCAAGGUCACGGACGUCACCUCUGGAAUCAUCGGAAAGCCAGUUUACUUUAGCAUCAAUGCGAGCCAAGCGGGUGCCGGCAACCUGGAGAUAAUUGUGUCCGUGAACGGACGGAAUGUGCCAAACUACGUCCAGUCGGAGGGCAACGCCCGCUUCAGGGUCAACUUCAAGCCGCAGGAGGCGGCCGUGCACCUGCUGAGCGUGCGCUUCAACGGCCACCUGGUUCCAGGCUCACCGUUCGAGUGCCGGGUGGCAGCCGCCGGUCAGGCGGUCGUCUCAGGGACCGCCCUGCGCCAGGCGGCCCUGGGGAAGCCCGCCCUGCUCACCGUCGAGCCGCACGACGCCCUCGUCCGCGAGUGCAACGUCACGGUGCUCGCUCCUUCGGGACAAAACGUGCCCACGGUCGUCUCAGGGUCCGCCCAUGACAAGUUCUUUGCCACUUUCACACCUUUCGAAGUCGGUCGACAUGCCGUGUCCAUUGUGCUCGACUCGGAACACGUCAAGGGCAGUCCCUUCGCGUCCAACGUGUAUGACGUCAGCCAGGUCAAGGUCACAGCUCCAGGCCACUGGGGUCAGUUACAAAAUCGUUUAAAACACCUUUAUGCUAACGUUUUAAUUUCUCAGGUCGUUUCUAAUCCAGUAACCUUCGAGGUAGACGCCGCGGAGGCUGGAGAGGGUACCCUGGAGCUGGUGGUUUCAACCGCUCAGGGCACGGUCAAGGCUGAGGUGGCUGCAGUGGCGCGCGGCCUUUACAAGGUUACAUUCGUGCCAACUCGCGCCGAGCCGCACUUUGUGCACGUUUCGUUCAACGAAGAAGACGUGCCGGGCAGUCCGUUCGAGUGGAGAGUGGCCGUGGCCGCCGGGGAGACGGCCAGGAUGGAGAGGCCAGCGGCCGUGCGCGGAGAGGGCCUCCGGUGGGCUGUGGUGGGCGCUCCCGCCUUCUUUGACGUGGAUCCUGGAGGACCCUCGGAGCCGCCUCCGCAAGUGGAGGUUCUGGGGCCGGACGGCGCGCCACUGGCCGUCCGUCUGGCCCCCGUGGCCGCCUCCGGCCGCCUGCGGGCCGAGUACCGGCCCGUGGCCGUCGGACUGCAUCAGGUUUGGGUGCGGAGGGCGGGCUUGGCCGCCGCCGACAACCCUUUCGAGCUCGAGGUCUUCGACCCUGCGCAGGCUAGCCUUGCCCACGUGUCCGACGCCGUCCUGGGACAACCCUGCACCCUGACCAUCGACGCCUCCAAGGCUGGACGAGCCAAUCUCCAGGUGGUGGUGACGGCCGCCGGUCGCGAGGUAAAGGCGGCCGUGCGCGACGUAGGUCACGGACGUCACGAGGUCAGCUUCCUUCCGAGCAUCUGCACGCCGCACCGCGUCGACGUCAAGCUGAACGGCCUGCCGGUGUCCGGCUGCCCGACCGAGGUGGCCGUCCGAGAUGCAGCGGCCGGCCGCGACCUGGCCGCAACCGGCAAAGGUCUCUUCCAGGCCGAGGCCGGUGCGGAGGCCGCCUUUACCAUCCUCACGCUCGCCAGACCCGCCAGGGAGUUUGACGUCGUCAUCAGUGGCCCUGCCGGAAUCGCCAUUCCCGUCCGAUGCUAUCAGCAGAAGGACGGAAACCUUCUGGCGCAGUACACUCCUCCUGGGGCCGGCGCGUACAAAGUCGAGGUGCUGCACGGCACCAAGGCAGUCAAAGGUUCACCCUUCUUCUGCCAGGUGUACGACCCUUCCAAGGUGCGCAUUGCCAGCCCGAAGGACCCUGCCCUCGUGCACCAGCCGCUUUCCUUCCACGUUCUGCGGAAGGGCGCCGGAUUUGCUGAGCUUGACGUGACCGCGACGUCUCCCCUGGGACAAAACCUUCCUCUGCAGGUGACGGGCGGCGAACAGCCCGAAUCGGACAUGAUCACCUUCACGCCAAGUGCCCCUGGCCAAUACAGGUUCAGCAUUAGGUACGGCGGCCGAGAGGUUCCAGGUUCUCCGGUAACCUUCGUCGUCUCUGAAGAAGGCCUGGCUCAGGUUGCAGGCGACUCGACUGAUGGAAACCGAAUGCUCAGGUCGAACGGCGUUGACUACGGCGAGGUGACCCUGAGCGGCCCUGCCCUCGAAGGCUGCCGCGUCGGCAGGGAGACCUACUUCCUCAUAAACUCUAGCAAACCUGUGCCAGGAAACCCGGAAGCGAGCCUGACCCUGGACGGCGUGACCUACCCUGUGAGCAUCAAGCCUGAAGGUGCACGGGUGCAUCGAGCGACCUUCACUCCAGUCGAGAGUGGACAUGGAAAGCUCCGCGUCGAGUGGGCAGGGCGGCAGGUGAAAGGGUCGCCAUUCAGCGUGUUGGUGUCGUCCGCGGCGGACGCAAGGCAGGUGGUUUGCUCAGGUGAGGGCCUCAGGGUGGGCACGGUCGGCAAGGAGAUCCGCUCGUUCAUCGACACGCGCAGAGCCGGCCCUGGAGAGCUGACGGCGCAGUGCGUCGGCCCCAACAAGGUGGCUUACUGCGAACUCUACGACCACGGAGACGGCACCUUCACCCUGAAUGUGAAGCCGCAGGAGCCGGGCAAGCACGCCCUCUCCAUCAAAUACGGAGGCCAGCACGUUCCCGGAAGUCCGUUCAGCCUGAAGGUUGCAGGCUCCCCUGACGCGUCCAAGGUGCGUGUUUUCGGACCUGGCAUCGAGCACGGCGUGCUGGCCACCUUCCAGUCUCGCUUCGUGUGCGACACGCGGGGGGCAGGCGCUGGACAGCUCACCGUCCGCAUCAGAGGCCCCAAAGGUGCCUUCCGCGUGGAGAUGCAGCGCGAGAGCCAACGCGAUCGCUCGAUUCUGUGCAAGUACGAGCCCACCGAGCCCGGAGACUACAAGCUGGAAGUGAAAUGGGCGGGGCAGCACGUGCCAGGCUCACCCUUCUCCGUCAUGAUCUUCGACACGCAGGAGGAGCUCAACAAAUUUAUGCAGGGUAACGGUUCACCGCCGGGAGCUCCGGCGCUGUCCGAAGUGUACGGAUACACGAACACGGCCUUUUCGCAGCUGAAUAUCAACCAGCCGCAGCUUUGGAGAGACUCGCAAGCCCAGCUUUGAACGCAGAAAGCCAUUAUUACUAUCGCAAAUAUUUUAUAUAUACAUAUUAUUACGCUGUUAAUUCUUGUGUAACAUUGUUAUCUCAUCUGUAAUUUAAAUUAAAUAAAAAUAUUUUGUCUAAUCCAA